AUUCUUUCCCUCUCUCUCUCUCCCUCUCUAUCCAAUCCAUUCCCAUCCCAUGCACUCUGACAUUCACUCAACUCUCAUCCACUCUCCUCUUCUUCUUCCUUCUUCUUCUUCUUCUUCUUCUUGUUCCACUAAGGUUCAGUGAACUGAUCUCCUGGAGAAUGCCAAUACUAACUGCAACCUUAGGCGGAGGAUCAUCUUCCCCUGUCCUCAGCUUCCUCGAGUCCUCCUCCCCUUCUUCUCGUAGUCAUCUUUCAAUCUUCUGUCCGACAUCCCCAAGUGGUUUCCCCAAGAUCACCCAGACACUCCCUGUCAUCAGCAGACCCUUUUGUCUUUACAGUACAAAGGUUUCUGUUUCUGUCUCCGGAAGUCCACAGGCAGAGACUGAGAGCAAUGAGCAGGGACAGGGCGCUUCCAAUGGGCCGGUUCAGGACUUCUUGCCCUCUUCCUCUUCCAAUGAGACUCUCAGACAGGCUCGGAGGUCUGCUGAUUGGAAGGCGGCGAAGGCAUAUUACGAGAGGGGCGCCAUCUAUGAGGGUAGAAUCGAAGGGUACAACGGUGGAGGCCUCCUGGUUCGGUUUUAUUCUCUUAUGGGGUUUCUACCCUUCCCGCAGCUAGGCCCUUCACAUUCCUGUAAAGAACCAAACAAAACUAUUCGAGAGGUUGCAGAAGAUCUCGUUGGUGCAGUGAUUCCUCUAAAGGUAAUCCAAGCAGAUGAAGAGAGCAGAAAAUUGAUAUUUUCUGAGAAAGAAGCCAUUUGGUCAAAGUUUUCUAAUCAUUUAAAAGUAGGUGACAUCUUUGAAGCAAAGGUCGGUUACGUUGAGGAUUAUGGUGCAUUUGUUCACUUACGCUUUCCUGAUGGAUUCUAUCAUCUCACUGGAAUGGUUCACGUGUCUGAGGUUUCAUGGGAUUUGGUUCAAGAUGUUAGGGAUAUUCUAAGUGCAGGUGACGAUGUGAAGGUUAAAAUUAUUAACAUCGACAGAGAAAAAUCAAGGAUUACCCUGUCGAUCAAGCAGCUGGAGGAUGAUCCCCUUCUAGAAACUCUGGACAAAGUGAUACCUCAGGAUGGCUCCUUGAAUCCUGGUUCCUUGGGCAUAAAUGAAGAAAGCAAUAUUGAACCCCUCCCAGGGCUUGAAACAAUUUUUCAGGAAUUGUUACGAGAGGAAGGCAUAGAUGAUGUUCGGAUCAAUCGACAGGGUUUUGAGAAACGGGUAGUUUCGCAGGACCUGCAACUCUGGCUCUCAAAUGCACCACCUGCUGACAAAACGUUCGUUCUUCUCGCUCGUGCUGGGAGACAGGUGCAAGAAAUACAGCUAACUACAUCACUCGAUCAGGAAGGAAUCAAGAAAGCACUACAACGAGUAUUAGAGCGCGUCCCAUGAUUCAGUUCAUACAAGGUUUCCCUUGCUACAGUUUUGAGCACACUUGAUCAAGGAUAAAACCAUAUACAUAUAUAUACGUCUUCUUUUCUUUUUUCCCAUCAGAUUCUGUACAGAAUGACUGUAAAUGUGGUACCAAGCAAUUGGAAUUGUUGUUGAUACUUGAUUAAAGCUGUACUGUCUUCUGGUGGUGUAGAAGAAUUGGAAUGGGACCUCAAUUAUAUACAAUCAGCAGUCCUGUCUUUUUGAAGCAACAGGCAAUGGUAUGGGGUUCAAAGUUGCAUAAACUUCAUGAUCAAUUGAGCGGCUCAGGUGGAGGGAGAUGAAAGGAUAGAGUUCCCAAUCAGCUUCCUCUGCUGCCGGGAGGUCGUUGUUGGCCUCGCACCAGCAGAGGAAGCUGACAACUGAGCAGAGGCGGCGAGGGUUGAACAGAGGAGGCUGAGCACAGGAAGGCGAGGAGGCAAAGGGUCGACAGACACGAACAAAGAAAAUAUUUUUCUAUCCUACAAAUAAUAUGUCUAUGACCACAAUUCAAGGAGAAUUACAAAUUAUCCGUACCUAUAAUAAAAAAUGUUAAGGUGGCUGGUGUUUUUUCGCA